CCCAACCAUCAAGACGGAAUCAAAGUCGUCGAUACAUUCGAUACCAUUGUAUCUCGUCGCGCAACCAUACCAGCACAUUGUCCAGUCCAGUAUGGCGGAUCCUUCGUCGUCACCUCCCAUGAGGGCCAAGCCAGAGCCUACAGACAGCUUGAGUCCGAGUACCAGUGUUGAGCUGCAUAGAAGGAGCAAGACGGGCUAUCCAGGUCCUGAGUCCAGAGUCUUCGAUGUGUUGGAUGGGCAUUUCGUCCUACUAGCCUAUCGUGUCGAACGUAGUGAGAUGUAUCAUGUGCUAAUAGGAUCCCAGGCCNAGAAUUGUGCAAAGAACAACAUCCUGUGUGGCGGGUAUGAGAUGAGGAAGCCUUGGAGGAAGGGCGCCCGGAGCAAAAACAAUGCUUCGAUCAUCCCUGAACUUCCACACAUCAUCAGCGCGAUAGACGACCCUUUGGACUCGCAACUCCUCUCUUACUUCAUUACCCACGCUGGCCAAGCCUUAAACAUAUACUCCGAGACACACAACCCAUUCGACGGGUUCGUGGUUGACAUGGCGUUGGCGAACACUGGCCUUAUGCACUCGCUGCUUUGCCUUUCGGCUUCUUGCCUGCUCAUCCAUCAGCCGAUGUGCGCCCAAGAGAUCGUCGUCCGCCACAGCCACCACUUUGAUCAAGCUGUCAUCACUCUUCGAAAAGACGUCGAGGCCUACAGCUCAGACAGUUCAACACAAAGCGCAGACUGCAUCGUGCUGCAAACAAUCAUACUCGCGCAGGAAGCGAUUGUGACAGGAGAAGUACACGGCAGCUAUCGAUGUCAUCUAUCUGCAGCUUCAAGACUCGUUGAGAGCUGUAGAGAUUUGAGCGCAGACGUGCAGAGUUUUGCUCGUCAGUUCCUGUUGUAUCACAACCUGGCCAACACAAUUUCAUGCCUUGACCCGGUCAAUCAUGUCGCGAGGUCACUUGUGCAAGCAAAUCAAGGUGAAACAGUGGAGCAGGGCACAUCAUCACAGGGCUGCGUCGACGCGCUCUUGCAUGGCCUUCUAGAUCCAAUGUCCCGUACACGGCAGGUCCGAGACGGCAUACGCUUCCAUCGCAGCGCAAACAACUCGAGAUGGUUCAAAGAUGAACAACUGCUCAGUUUAGCCUUGGGAGUCGAAACACAGUUACGGACAUGGCAGUCACAAUUUUCGCCAGACACUCCACAACACUGGUGCUCACUGGCAUAUCGGCAAAGCGCCUAUGUAUAUCUCUAUCGAACCAUCAAACCAUCGAUGCCGAGUCCAGAGUUAUCACAGUCCUUGUCUGAUGGAUUUUCUUAUGCGUCGCUCGCACUACGGGAUAUAACGAGUAACAACAACAGCAUGGUCAGCUGGAUCUGUGGUGUGCUGUUGCCCCCGUUGUUCUUGUUGGGUUGCGCGGCCUUUGACCCAAUCCAUAGACAAGCAGUGAGUGAGAACUUGGAUGAUCUAUACGCGUGUAAUCAAGGGACCAGUAUUCUUCAUGCUCGCGCAAUCUUGGAGGAGGUCUGGUCACGGAUGGAUGCAGCCGCACAUGGUGCUGAAGAUGAUGUCUGGGAUUGGGAGAGAGUGAUGAAGGACCUAAACGUGGAUAUCAUGUUGUCA